AUGGUUGGGAAAGUGGGAUCCGUCGAAGUAGGUCCUCCGGCCAAGAAGGGCGAGGGACGUACCCGUCGAUACUACGCCACGCCAGAUCGUCUCGUCACUCAGCCGGCUGAUGACAUUGUCGUCGUACCCGACAUCCUCGAGUAUGCUGCUCGCACGAGACCCGACAAGCCCUUGUUCGGUUGGAGAGACACGAUUAAGAUGCACAAUGAGGAGAAGGAGAUUACCAAGACGGUCAAAGGCAAGGAAAUCAAGGAGAUGAAGAAGUGGAGAUACUACGAGCUCUCUGAUUACAAGUGGUGGAACACCAAGGAGGUUCUCGACCGAUGCCAAGCCGUCGGUAGCGGAUUGCGUCAACUGGGCAUCACUAAUGAGCAAAAGUUCAAUAUCUACGCUUCUACACACGCGCAUUGGCAACUCGUAGCUCAAGGGUGCUGCAUCCAUGGCAUUACCUUUGCUACUGCUUACGACUCCCUCGGAGAGUCGGGCCUCGAGCAUUCCCUCAACGAGCCCGAAUGUGUCGGCGUCUUCACGAAUGCCGCACUUCUCGGCACGCUCGCUGCUGUCGUUGGCAAGACGCCCACAGUCAAGACCAUCAUCUAUGAUGGCUCGAUCGACGAAGAUCCAAAGUUCGGUCAGGCACUCGAGAAGCUCAAAGGCAUCAAGCAAGGCGAAGAGAGCUUGCAGAUCUUGAGCCUCACAGAGCUCAUCGAGCUUGGUAACAAGCACAAGCAUGAACCUGUCAGGCCCAAGCCAGAGACUAUCGCGUGCAUCAUGUACACGUCAGGCUCUACCGGCGCGCCCAAGGGCGUCAUCCUGACCCAUGCCAACAUUGUCGCAUCUGUCGGCGCAGUCAGAACGCUCCUCAUCGACGUGUUCCGACCAGUCGACACGUUCAUUGCCUUCCUCCCAUUGGCGCAUAUCCUCGAAUUUGUUGCCGAAAUGGCGAUGAUCUACAUCGGUCUCUCAAUGGGCUAUGGCAAGAUCGCUACUUUGACCGACACUUCUGUCCGCAAUUGUGUCGGAGACAUUCGCGCGCUCAAGCCGACCUGCAUGGUCGGCGUGCCUGCCGUAUGGGAGCUCAUUCGUAAGGGUAUCGUUGGCAAAGUCAAGGCAGGCGGCGGCCUCAAGGAGAAGAUGUUCUAUGGCGCACUGGCAGCCAAGCAGGCCAACAAGACCCUCUUCGGCGGCAUCACAGACGCUGUCGUGUUCAGCAAGGUCAAGCAACAGACUGGCGGCCGUCUGCGAUACGUGCUCUCAGGUGGUGCACCUAUUUCUCGUGAUACCCAAGCUUUCCUCUCCACCGCCCUCGUGACGGUGCUUCAGGGCUAUGGUCUCACUGAAUCGUGUGGCAUGACUGCCAUUCUGCAUCCCGACUUCAUGCAGUACGGCUCUGUCGGCGUGCCUGUUCCCUCGAUGGAGGUUAAGCUCGUCGAUAUCGAAGAGACAAAGUAUUUCUCGAGCAACAACCCGCCCCAAGGCGAAGUCUGGGUUCGUGGCAACUCGCUCACGCAAGGCUACUACAAGCGCGAAGAGCAAACAAAGAAAGACUUUACCGAGGAUGGCUGGUUCAUGACAGGUGACGUCGGUCAGUGGAACGCAGACGGCACGCUGUCCAUCAUUGACCGAAAGAAGAAUUUGGUCAAGCUUUCCGGCGGAGAGUACAUUGCGAUCGAACGUCUCGAGGCGACAUACAAGUCUUGCCCGCUGGUCAGCAACAUGUGUGUGCAUGCAGAUCCGGACGCCAAGCAGCCCAUGGCGAUUGUUUGCUCGCACGAGGCAAAUCUGAAAUCUUUCUGCGCUAGCAAUGGUCAUGGAGGCAAGGACGAAGACAUCAACCAUCUCGUCACGGUCGACGCAGUGCGUGACGAUGUUCUCAAGGAGCUCAACGCCAUCGGCAAGAAGACUGGCUUCAAGUCGCUCGAGAUGCUCCAAUGCAUUGUGCUCGUCGCUGACGAAUGGACGCCUCAGUCAGGCUUACUGACAGCGGCCCAGAAGCUGCAGCGAAAGGCUAUCGUCGAACGGUACAAGGAGAAGAUUGACAAGGUCUAUCCUUGA